UGCCGGGGCUGUUCCCCGGCGAGCGGCCCCGCGGGCGCGCAGCCAGCCCGGCCACAGCGAUCCGCCCUCGGCACCCAUUCCCGAACUCCCGCAGCAAAAACAACGACGGUAGCGGGCAAAGCAACGAGCCAGAGCACAGCCCGGGCGCUGCGUGUGCCCUGCGCCGGCCCCGUUCCCGGGCAGCCACCCGGGCACAGCGCGCUGGCGCUGCCCUCACACGGCGGCCCAGGCCCCGCGCCCGCCUUGGCCGCCCCCGCCCCGCCGCCAUCUUAACUCCUGGCAGCCCCGCGCCCUCCGCCUGCGCUGCCGCCCGCGCCCCCGGCGGGACCAGCCGGGCCCCAACGCAGCUGCGGCGAGAGCGACCUGAAGGGGAAGAAGCGGCUUGCGCCGGACCCACGGCUCUAACGAGGGUGCCGGGAAAGGCCGCACCGCUCUCCCGCACGGAGCCAGCGCCGCCCGUCCCCAACAUGGCCCCGCCCGCCUCACUUUACCGCCCGCAGGCCGGCGGGCGCGUCGCUGCGGUGACGUCACCGCGCGCCCGUUUCCAUGGGAACCGGAGGCGCGGGCGGCGGGAGCGCCACGGGCCGCGACCGCCGGGAGCGACCCCCGAAACCCCGGGACCGCAGGGAGCGACCCCGAUCCCCCGGGACCGCCGGGAGCGACCCCCGAAACCCCCGGGACCGCCGGGAGCGACCCCCGAAACCCCGGGACCGCAGGGAGCGACCCCGAUCCCCCGGGACCGCCGGGAGCGACCCCCGAAACCCCCGGGACCGCAGGGAGCGACCCCCGAAACCCCGGGACCGCAGGGAGCGGCCCCCGAUCCCCCGGGACCGCCGGGCCCUCCCGCUCCGGGGAUGUUCGCGGACAGGACGGCACCCGGUGCCGACGUGCGGUCGCUGUGGAGGAGCGCCCGGAGCGCGCGCUGCGAGGCGAAAACUUGCCAGACUGGGAAAAUUUCAACAGCAGAAGCUGCAGCACAGUCCCACACAGCCCGAGAUGCUGCGGUGCAGACAGAGCAGAGCAAAGAUGCUGUCCAAGACUUGCAGCAAGAAGUCCAAGUAGAUUACGCUGGGCUUCUGUCAUUCCUUCAGAGAGUGGAGGAUACUGUUAUCAAAGAACUAAAUAAAAACUGGAAAAGUCAUGCCUUUGAUGGCUUUGAAGUGAACUGGACAGAUCAGGAUGAAACAGUCUUGUGUUUGCAUACAUUGUCAUACCCAGAGGCUCAGGAUCAAAACCUGCAGGUCACCAGUGUUUCCUGGAAUGCCACAGGAUCUGUCAUUGCAUGUUCCUACGGCCGGUUGGACGAUGGGGACUGGAGCACAGAAAAAUCCUAUGUUUGUACCUGGAAUCUGGACAGAAGAGGCUUGAAUCCACAGCACCCUGACCUGGUGGUGGAUGUUCCCAGUUCUGUCAUGUGCCUGGCUUUCCACCCCUCCCAGCCAUCACUGAUAGCUGGUGGCCUGUUCAGCGGGGAGUUGGUGGUGUGGGACACCAGCAGGACAGAAGACCCUGUGAUCUGGAGGACAGGGAUGACAGAUGACACCCACACUGACCCGGUCUAUCAGGUUAACUGGUUACCUGACACCAAGCACAGAAACCACGCCCGGCUGUUGAGUGUGGCGACAGAUGGGAAGAUCCUGGUGUGGAGGGAGGAGCGGGAUGGGCGGCUGGCCUUGGCUGAAGGAUUUGCCAUCGUGGCUCAGCAGAUCCCUCGCAGCACUCGGCUGAAGAAGGUGCCCUGGGGAGAGGCAGCCGUGGGGGUGACCUCGCUGUCCUUGUCCCACUUCGAGGCGGGUGUGUUCGUGGUGGGUGUGGAGGGCGGGUACGCCCUGCGCUGCUCCAGCAGAGCGCGGGGCCCGGCUGUCCCGCGGCCCGGCGCCGCUCCCCUCAGGGCUCCGGCAGAACUCGCCUUCGCCCCUCACGCCGGGCCCGUGUACUCCGUCAGCUGCUCGCCCUUCCACAGGAACCUCUUUCUGAGCUGUGGGACUGACGGACAAGUUCACUUGCACUCCAUGUUGCAGACACAGCCCCUCUUUGCUCUACAGUUAUCAAAGAAAUACCUGUUCUGUGUAUGCUGGUCUCCAGUUCGACCACUGGUUUUUGCAGCUGCAUCUGGGGAAGGAGAGGUGCACCUGUUUGACCUGGCCAGGAGCACGCAGAAGCCCACAGUGUCCCUGAAGCAGUCUGUGAGUGACUGCCCCGUGUACUGUUUGCAAUUCAACACCAAGCACACGCGGCUCCUGGCAGCAGGGGAUGCUGCUGGGACAGUCAAAGUCUGGCAGCUGAGCUCCGACUUCACCGAGCAGGGACCAAGGGAAAUGAGUCACCUGGAGCAGCUGGCAAGUGAGAUCAUGGACUGAGGGAGCAGCACAACAGCUGUGUGAAGCUUGUGACUGCCCUGACUCCAGGAACAAUUCCCCACUCACCUGUUCUAGUGUUGGCCUGGAAAACACAGGUAACCAACAGCUGGAGUUGCCUCCACAGAACAGUUAAAUUUGCAUUUAACCAUUAAACACAAGAUGAUGUGGUUCGACCAGUAACUUUUAUUCAAGCACACUGCAACAUGUUUCUUUUCCCUAAGAGUUUUAAGCUAAGCACUUUAAGGUUACAUCAUAAAGUAACACUGAUUAUUGUAGAGCACAAAGAGAGAGAGACACAUGCAGAGCUACAGUCAGCAAACGUGAGCAUGUCCUUUGCAUCUUUUGGUGCUAGUGUUUCAGAUCAAUUCACAAAGAGUGAACGUGUAAAUUCUAUGUAGUCGUAGGCAGAAGGCAGUUCCCUGCCCUUGCCAUCCAUGUAGGGUUUCAUGUGAGAGAUGCAAUAAUCGGCCUGUUCCCGGGUCAGGUUCUGAAAGAGAGACAGCGUGGGGGUGAGAGGGCUCUGGGGCUGCCAAGGGGCAUGGACAGGCAGCCCUCCCAUUCCCCGGGGCAGAAACCAGAGCAGCACUACACCCAGCAUGGGAAUGCUCUGGCUGUUGGCACUAUUUGGUUAAGGGUUGGAAGGCCUGACCAGAGUCUUCCCACCGAACCGAAGACAGAGCAGGUAACUGGGACAAGGAAGCACUGCAAACUCUUUAUUUCCCUGCCAGCUAGUGGUAUUCAGACAGGAAAAACUUGCUGUUUUGGCAGGGCAGUGAGAGGGAGGAGAUGUUCAUACUGUCUAAACUUAGGCUCAAGCUCUUCCUUUGAAUUUGCUGUCUGGAGAAACAUCCCCCAUCUAAUUUCCCAAAUGAUGGAAGAGAAGUUCUGAGGAUAGUGCACUCCCUUACAGACCUUUGAUUAGCUCUUGUUUUAUUCAACCUGAGCAGUUCUUUGGUAGCUAAAACUUUUCCUCUUCCUCUGUAGAGCCAAGAAAGCAACAGAAUAGGACUGUCACAGCAAUUUCUGUUUGCUGCAGGGGAUCCCCAGGCACGGUCAGAACUGACUCAGCCCCACUGACAUGAGCCUCCAAGCCAUUAGUGCUGGGCUGUAUCUAUGAGCAGAAGUCUUGUGUGUUCCUCCCUGGGGUCAACAACCAGCACUUACCUGGUAGAGCUCCUCCUUGGUCACGUAGGGCUUCCCCUCGGAGCUGAGGGCGCGGAAAGCGCUCUCGAUCUCCUCGCUGGAUUUCACGUUCUCCGUUUCCCGGCUGAUCAUGAAGGCCAUGUACUCCUGCAGCGAGACGUGUCCAUCCCUGCCAGCGAAACACAGUGUGAGCACCCAGACACUGCACUGCCAGGCCCUCCAGAGAGGGGCUGGAACUGUUCUGGAACAAGUGAAAGUCUUAGCGCAGGAGACUCAACACCAGAUCAUUCUCUCAAAGUGCGUUUCUUCUUUACAAAUGUCAGUCUUGCCUUCCUUAAGGCUUUCACAUGAGUCACUGUAAAAACAGCCAAAGCUCUCAGCCUGUGAAGGACCUUCCAACCAACUCCCCAGCCAACACCUCCAUGUCUACUGCAGUACAGAAAGUCCAACUCACCUGUUGGGAUCUACAGUGUCAAGAAUAGACUCAAACUCAGGGUCUGGCUCUCCUUCCUCAACCAUGGGCAGAUCGUAGCCGAGAGAGCGCAAGCAAGACUUAAACUCCUGGUGGUUAAGUCGUCCAGAUUUGUCCUUGUCAAAGUGCCUAAAAACAUAAAGCCACGUGUGUCAGUUGUUGAGUUCUGAGAGCUGUAAAGUGAGCUGAAAACUAGAUCAAGGUUAUAACCAGCCCCUAUUCUGUACAAAUGAGUUUGUAUCAAUAAAUACAUACAUGAAAAAUA